CGUAGUACACCUGUAGCAGAACUACACUAGGUGGCGGCAGUGAGUACCAAGCAGUGGUGGCGUGGCUUUCUAUCGUGGAAUAAGGAGAGGAAGACUAGGUUGAAAUGUUUGGAGGCAAAAUAGCUCCAGGUCACUCUACUCUGUAGCCUACUGCUGGAAUCUUAAAAUAUAUAAAUGGAGACAACAGUCGUCGUGAAUGCAGUUCCUCCAUAUGGACAUGUUAUUGCGCAUGAAAAAUGGAAAGGCUCUGUUCUCGUGCAGAGUUUGAAGGGUAAGGAAUAUCACGAUGCGCUCAGUAACAGUAUCAGAUGUGUGAAAACUACUUUUGAGAAGGAACUGGGCGUCGUGGACUUCCACCUGUCCAACAACAGCUGCAUCCUGUACGUUUCUGAGACUGACCUUGUAGCGGGAAACAGUUACAAAAGAAAGUUGGUUCGCUUCAGAAAUGCUAACAGUAGUCUGCAGGGGAUAGUCUUGGUGGAGAAGACUAUACUGAGCGAGCAGUACUUUGCUGCCAUACAGAAGUUUGUGGUGAUUGAGUUGGGCCUGAUACUGUUACCUGUUACCAACCAGGUGGAGGCAUCCCAACUCCUGACUCAGAUGGCAGUUGGGGAAAGUAAGGAGAACCCGUUCCGGCGGAGGAGUGUGUCGUACCUGUUGGACCCCCUGGUCAUGUCUCUGGUGCAGCAGAUACCUGGAGUAGGGAAGGUCAGAGCGAUGUCCCUGCUCCAGCACUUUUCCAGUAUCCAGCAACUGUGCAACGCUGGCAUCCAUGAACUGGAGCCAGUAGUGGGCCAGGCUGCAGCCCAACACGUGCACAGCUUAUUCCACCAGCAGGCCUGACUGCACAGUGGAUAUAGUUACAUAUGUCAAUAAACUCCUGUGUAUAAGA